AUGGCCGACACUCUCAGCCAGCCCAGCUUCCUCCCAUUCUCAUCCGCCUCCACCACCGCCAGCCAGCCAUCGAUCCUCCCCAGCUUCACCCAGAACCAGCCUGUCGUCUCCUGCGUAUUCUGCAUCGAUGGAUCCCUCAGAUCCCGGAUCCACUGGAAGGAGUAUGGGGCCGAGUAUAUGCUCUCCUACAUAAGAGGCCUCCAAUUCCUCCAUCCCGGCGCCCUCUUCCGACUCGUCCCGGUCCUCUUUACCUCGCUCCCCCCAUCCGUACCCGCCAGUCUAUCCAUCACUCGUCCCUACCCCUUCCUGGAUCUCGACCAAUUCACACUCAUCAUCCCUGAUCUCCUGCCCUUGCGAUCCCGAUCUGAUAACCCUGCUGGUCCAGAUGACUUGCUCGACUAUGGCGGCAAUGACCCUGCCAUUCUGGAGGCGCUCGUCUGUGCAGUCGAGCUCCUCGACCGAAGCCCAUCCUCCAGCUCCGCCCAUCCUCGUCCCCGUAAUACAACCAAGCCCGAGCCACAGAAUACCCAUCACAAACAUAUUCUCAUCAUCACCGCAUCAGAUAUCGGACCUCCAGGGCCGCAUCCCACUCCUCAAAAGAUCUUCGAGCCUGCCGCUGAUGACCUUCCCAGAACAGUCCCCAUGUUCAACCAGAUGGCUGAAUACGAUGGCCUCACCUUCCACGAUCUUUGCGGCCGAUUCGUCAAAGAUACCCAAGGAAGAUGGAUUCAUGACAAGCAAAUCGGUUUGCUCGAACGGAAAUCUAUCGUAUUUGGCUUCAUCUCAAUCGCUCGCACUCCACGUCUGCUGACUUUUACAGGACGACAUCUUGGUCCCCAGACAUUCCACGCGCUCCGCCAGCAAAGCUCGAUUAUGCCACUACACCACACUCAUUCAGUCAUCAUCAACUGUCUGACUGAUAUCAAUGCUCCUUCCAAUAAACGCCCCGCCGCCCUGAUGUCCACCAAUAGCGGCCCAAUUCCCUUCUCGCCCAAUUCACAUCUGGCUGGAUCUGUCACAUCUAGAAACUUGGCUACCAAUGGGAUCCAAGAUGGCAGCUUUCACCCAUCGGUUAAGCGCCCUCGCACCGAAUCUGGCGAUGAUCACGCUCUAUUAGCACCAUCAUCCAACCCAUUCUCGAUCACAGUCUCCAGUGCUCCUCACCCCUCAGUCAGCAGGCAUGCACCCAACAGCGGAACUAUGAUCGGAUUUCCUGUUGUCAUUCCACCACAAGAUCAGCCCGCUCAAUCAAGAGAAACACAACACCUUGCCCCCUUCCUUUCAUCUUCCAACCCGCCCCCGUUGACAUCAGCACAAUCCGAUAAGGCCUUGAAUGUGCCCGAUAAUAGUUUGGCCCAAGGAUUAUCCUUCCUAAUUGGUGGAAACAAGUCUUCACCCGUACCUCAAUCUAUCUUAGACCCUGCGAAUCACUCAAACUCUAGCCUGGCUCCCACAUUUGCCUCAAACCGAUCUCAGUCGACACCUGGAGUCGCAUCAGUUGACGCGACCCCUCCAACUGACGCCCUCUCACAGGCAUUAGCACUGUUAACCGGCCCUCUGCCAAGCGGCAAAUCUAGCCAGGCUUUGCCCCUCCCAAAUCAACAAGCUCCCUCCCAAGCCCCUCAGAACCUCUUGCCCGCCUGUCAACCUCAUCCGACCUCCCCACAGAAACCCACCCAACCUUCACCUAAUGAUUCGCAACCUUUGAGCCAAUAUUCAUCCUCGGCGCCUAAUCCAACUCAGCCUCAGCAACUACUCCAAACCGGAUCACAAAAGUCUCAACAGAUCUUCCAACCACCUCAAAUACAACAAAAACAGCAGCAACAACUUCAACAGCUGCAGCAACUCCAAGAGAGCCACAAGAUUCAGACCCAACAUACUGCCUCUCAGCGUCCUCCCACUUCAUCUGCAAUCUCAUCUCAAUUGACCCCCAGCUUACUUCCCGCAGCGUCGAUUGUUCCAAGCCAACAGCAACCCCCGAAACAACAAUCACAGCUGAUGAAUCUUAACGGUCCAGGGAGGAGCGUUCAUCCGACACAUAAGUCUCUCAUGGAACAGGCCCAAAAAAGAGCCCGUGAACAAAUGGCCGCUGUCGAGGAAAAAUUUAAACGUGGUGAAUUGUCUGAGGAUCAGCGUCAAUAUGCCAAUCGAAAGAUUGCGAGUACGAUCAAUGAACUAAUCCGAGCACACUUAAUGAAAGCUCAAGCCGCUUCUCAAGCUAACGAACCAAACCCGAAUACGAUCCCACCACCUGCUCUUUCUCCACCUUCGAGGUCCGAUGGGCCAUUCCUAUGGAAGGGCCGAUUGAUUUGGAACAUCACCAUGUCUGGCUCAGUCAAUAACGGUAAUGAGGUUCAAACGAGGGAUGUCUCGAUUCCUAUCGGAGUCCUCCCUACCGCCAAUCAGCUCACCAAUGAAUGGUUGCGACGCACGGUUGACUCAUGGCCUAAGAUUUGGAGAGUCGAUCCGAUUAGACCAACAAAUAUGCCCGAGCUUUCCGCUCAUACUCAGUCCGCACAAAUUUCUGGGACAGUAAUCCAUCUCUUACCUGAACCUCCCUGCCCUAGCAAUGGGGGAUUGCCAAAUGAAAUUAUUCACAAACAACUUUGCGAACGGUUAGCGAAGGUUAACACUUUCGUCGUCCCUUUCGAUGACAUGGGCCACGGCGUGGUGAUCCUAUACAACCAAAGUAUACGAGGCUUAACCGGCAUAAUCUUCAUAAGGACUCCGAUCCCCUAUCAAAUAUUUCAACCCACACAGCAACAACCAGGCCCACUACCAUCUUCCUCUUCGACAUCGAUUGCAAGGCCAAACUCACGUGCGACUGGCUCACCUGGCCUGCUCCACCAGCUCUCUAAUAACAACAAUGUCAUGAGUGGUGUAGCUAAUAAUCAUAACGGGAAUAGUCAGAUCAAUCCCAGUUUACAACAACCCUCUAAUCUGGGUGCAGUUGCUCAGAAACAGUUGAUCCAGCAAAUGUAA